CAUAUUUUCUGUAGCCUUGCUACUUUCCCCCUUGGGCUUCUGCUGGGCAUCACCGGUCGCGACGAAACACCACAGUCCCGUCGGCUUCAAGUAGACACUGACAACAAGCGCUUGCUGGAACAUCAGACGAGACGGCCCUGACUCCAUCCCAUAUUCCCGACGCUUCAGUCUCCACUUCACCCUUGCUGUUCUGUCCUGCACCAUUGGUUAUCGCUCUAGGAUCACCCCCGCUCUUAGCGACUGAAUAUCCUCACUGCGGCCCGCCUCCGCCUUGCGGCUCAGUUGCCUUGGUCCGUAUUCUCAAGUGGCCCUAAAUACCGUCUCGCGAGCUGUUGCUCGUUUCCAAUGAGUUCGACCCGUUCAAAAAUCGCGUCUGUGGAAGACGCCGACGACGACGGAAACAUUAUCCAAGGAACCUCCCGCUACGCUGCCUCUGUUGGCUCCAAAGAAAACUCGAGCUCCGGUCGCGCACGAAAAGAGCACAAGAAGUCAGACUCUUCACCCAUAGUGACAAACGGCCAGCCCGACUCCGACUCGACACAAAACCCCCGCAGAAGUGAAUCCUCAAAGACGGCACGAAGAGAGCGCGAAAAGUCGACAUCUGGGACCAAAAGAUCCAGCAUGUCGUCUUCACGCCCCGUUCCACGACAUGCUAAUACCACCGGCAAUCUUCACCGGCGGGGAGAAUACGACAGGAACGGAAGGGAGAUCGAGGCCUCAUAUUACGGUGUGAGCCCUACCAUGACAACCUCCUCCUCUCGACCGCCUCGUCCUCAGACCUCCACUCCCCGGCCCGUUAGUUAUUACGGGACAGGUCCAACACGACCACCUCCACCUUCUGCUCGCUAUAUUGCCUCUGGGCCUCCGCCUCCUCCGCAAUUCAUGCCUCCAUCCUAUCCAGCUACUCCGCCAACAUGGGCUGGACCGGGACCCAUGCAGCCAUUCCCGAUUCCGACGCCGGGCUCGUUGAGCCGACAGGCUACAGACUACUUCUCUGCUCAACCCGUUGAUGCACGCUUAGAUGCCCAACUCGCUGCUCUUAGCCUCGGAACUAGCCCGAAUCGCCCCCGAACCGCCCUGGCUUAUCGUACCUCCCGCGCUCUUGAAUACGGGGAGGCAGAUUUCGACGAAGAGAACGAGAGAUCGAUGCCGCGGCCUUCUCUUUCCCACAGAAAGCUGUCGAGGGACGAAGAUGCGCGAAGAACAGUCAGGUCUUCUACUGCUCACCCGUCAGGCAACCCACAUAGGCCACCGCCAGUACCCUCAACACCAGGCAGACGAGCUUCACGAUAUGCCGACGAAGACCAGUCGGGCGAUGCGUUAUUUGCCCUUUCGCCAACUCCUUACGAGUAUCAAACCCCUGCUCCCGCUGCAAGCCGAGCGCGGUCCAAGUCAAGACCGAGGCACCAGCGGCGACCUAGUGUCGGUGCAGGGACAUACGAAGACCAGGAGUCCAGGAUGGAAAUAGCCAGCCGGCAUAACCGGCGACACUCGUAUUAUGGAGCAGCACUACAACCAGUUACUGCUUCUGGAAGCGGUUACGAAGAAAAGAUCCGUCAAGCUGCCAAGUACCAGACCGAGACACUUGGUGGUGAUCCGAUGCCGCUCACGGCCGAAACUCUCCGCAGAGCCCAAAGGAACGGCGGUAGCAGUCGUUCCACCAAGAGCUCGGAAGAAAGCCGUGAUGAGAGCGAUUACAGGCACUCGGCAACAACACGAACCACGCGGUCAAGCGCCAAUCCACAUGAAGAUGUCACCAUUCGGGUGAUGAAGGGCAAGGGUGCCGUGCUUGAAGUCAAUGGUGCAAAGCUGAAAUGCGCUGGCGGUGCCGAAAUCAACAUUUCAAGGAACGCCAUCACCUCCGGGCGAAACGGAAAUGAGAAGGCGUACUACGAUUACGAGGAGGAAUAUGAUGAGCGCCAGCCUCGGUAUAUCGAAGAUGGACGCCAGCAGCACUAUGAAGAACGUCAUUCUCGGGCUGAGCGAUCUCAGACCAGAGCUCGCGCGGCCUCGCGGGCGAGGUCACGCCCAAGAUCAAUGCAUUAUGCUGGUCGCGAUAUUGACGGUACCGAUUACGACUAUAUCCCGGCCUAUCCCGAAUACCCAUCGGAUCCUCCGACGUAUCGCUACUGAGCGGUCACUGGGUCAUGAACGAAGAUUUACGACUGA